AUGGAUGCCCGAUUUUCGGAACAAAUCCCGUACAAAUAUUUUCGCUGUCGUUUCCAAUGUCUGCUGAAAGAACAGAGUGCACCAAACGAAUACGUGGAUGAUCGAGCAACGUCUGGUAAAAUAUUGGAAGAGUGCGGUGCGUUUGCGCAUCGUUACCGGCUGGGUCUAAGUCAGGUGUUUCUGCGUAGCGAUUUACUGGAUGAACUGGAAGAGCGUCGUGAAUUGAACUUAAAUGGGCUCAUCGAGCACUUCCAAGAAGUGUGCCGCAAAUAUCUUGCUGCAAAGUGGCUAGCGAAACGACGAGUGCAGGAGAUUGCAAUACGCUGUAUUCAAAGGAAUGGUCGUGCAUAUGGAAAGUAA